AUUUUGCAAAAUCAAAAGGAUAAGAAAAGUAGUCGUUCAAAAAAGGAUAAGAAAAGUGAAAGAGAGUGAGAGUGCAAGUCUAUUUCAUAUUCAUUCAGCUCUAUUUACGUUAGCUUUUGGUUUGCUGUGCUUGAAUGGCGAUUGCAGCUGUGGCUUGCUGGUUCUCUACGAUCAGUUCCACGGGUACUUCUCGUUACUCUCUAUCUUCUUCCCAACGCCUCUUAUCCACUUCUCACAGACCCACCACCACUCGUCUAUUCAUCCCCAAUGCCUCCAAUCGCAAGAAAUCAAUUCCCAACAAAUCUCCUCCUUCUCCUAAAUCCACCCCAGAGACAGAAGCUAUAUCACAGAAGAAGUUUCCUGGAAGAUCAAAAGAUGAAAGGCCUAACUCAAUUGCUGAUGGCAAUAGUGGCAGAAGUAAUACAGGGCGAUCUCAGUCAACAGCAUUUAAAUCAUUUGGUGUGCAGAAAAAAGAUACAAAGGGAUUUCUGUUAGACUUAAAGGACCAGCAGGUUGAAACAGGUAAUCUUCAAGAUGCAACCUUUCUUAAUGCUGUAGCAAAGGUUUACUGUACCCACACCGCACCUGAUUAUUCCCUUCCUUGGCAGAAACAAAGGCAAUACACAAGUACUGGAAGUGCUUUUAUGAUUGGGGAUGGGAAACUUUUGACAAAUGCACAUUGUGUUGAACAUGGUACACAGGUCAAAGUGAAGAGAAGGGGAGAUGAUACCAAAUAUGUGGCUAAGGUUUUAGCUAGAGGUGUUGAAUGUGACAUAGCUUUGCUUUCAGUAGAAAGCAAGGAAUUCUGGAAAGGAGCUGAACCACUUCAUUUUGGACGCUUGCCUCGUCUUCAGGAUGCAGUAACUGUUGUGGGAUAUCCCCUUGGAGGAGAUACCAUUUCAGUGACCAAAGGGGUGGUAUCGCGAAUAGAGGUCACAUCUUAUGCUCAUGGAUCGUCUGAGUUGCUGGGUAUUCAAAUUGAUGCUGCAAUAAAUCCUGGUAAUAGUGGUGGUCCUGCUUUCAAUGACCAGGGAGAGUGCAUUGGUGUUGCAUUUCAGGUUUACAGAUCUGAAGAGGCUGAGAAUAUUGGAUAUGUUAUUCCAACUACGGUAGUGUCUCAUUUUCUGGAGGACUAUGAGAGGAAUGGGAAAUACACUGGUUUCCCUUGCCUUGGUGUGUUGUUGCAAAAAUUGGAGAAUCCAGCGCUACGUGCCUGCUUGAAAGUUCCAUCUAAUGAGGGUGUCCUCGUGAGAAGAGUUGAGCCUACUUCUGAUGCCAGUAAUGUCUUGAAGGAGGGAGAUGUGAUUGUAAGCUUUGAUGGAGUUCAUGUAGGGUCUGAAGGAACGGUACCAUUCCGAUCAACUGAGCGCAUUGCAUUUCGCUACCUCAUUAGUCAAAAAUUCGCAGGUGAUGUAGCAGAGCUUGGAAUUAUUAGAGCAGGAGAGUUUAUGAAGGUUCAAGCAGUUUUGAAUCCACGUGUGCAUUUGGUUCCAUAUCACAUAGAAGAAGGUCAGCCUUCAUAUUUAAUAGUUGCGGGAUUGGUGUUUACACCACUAUCAGAACCACUCAUCGAAGAGGAAUGUGAAGACAGCUUAGGGUUGAAAUUAUUGACAAAGGCACGGUACUCCUUGGCGAGGUUUAAAGGGGAGCAGAUUCUGAUACUCUCACAGGUCUUAGCAAAUGAAGUAAAUAUUGGCUAUGAGGAUAUGGGCAAUCAACAGGUUUUGAAGUUCAAUGGGACUAAAAUAAAGAACAUUCAUCACCUAGCUCAUCUGGUUGAUUCAUGCACGCACAAGUAUCUUGUUUUUGAGUUUGAAGACAAUUACCUUGCGGUUUUGGAAAGGGAGGCGGCAGCAGCUGCCUCAUCCCGUAUUCUCAAAGAUUACGGCAUUCCAUCUGAAAGAUCUUCUGAUCUUUUGGAGCCAUAUGCAGAUCCGAUGGGAGACAAUCAAUCGAUAAAUCACAAGGAUUGCGGAGAGAGUCCAGUUUCAAAUUCGGAAUUUGGAUUUGAUGCGCUUAUUUGGGCAUAAUCACUAAUUAGGGCUGCUCAACUGGAAAUCUCACUGCAACCAUUCAUCAAAAGUGUGAUUGCAACUUGCAGGCCACUGAAAAAUCAUUAAUGCCAUAGCUUCUGCUUCAAUUUUCAUUAUAACUUCCCUCUUUUUUAUGUCAAUUCUUCAAAUUUUCCGCAAACUAAGAUUUUGCUCGUGAUUGUAAUGGUAUAUAAGCUGAAGGUUGAAUGGCUUUAUGCUUUUCGAUGGUAAGGCGAGUUAACAGACAAAAGCUUGGAUGUUGUGAUUCCGCCUUUUUUUUUCAUUGAUUCAAUUAUUUGGAGAGGGCAUACAUGUAUCCUGAGGUGGUGGUGGUCAUUGGUGGCGUUGGAAAGCAUUGAUGUAUUUAUUUUUUGUGAAAUGGAAUAAUGUUCAAAUUUUGAUUCAAUUUAUUGGGAAAUAGAAUACAUCCAGUCCUUUUUUCUUUUU